AUCGAAGGGGCGGAGGAGGCCGAGAGCGCGGCCUGGGCCUCCCGACCCGACCGGCGGAGCUACCUGCUCGGCAUCCGGCCCCAGAACAGACUUUAGUGAUUUGGUUGGCAAGCUGAAAAGCAGUGUAUAGUGACCAGAGAGUUUCCAGCUUCUCCAAAGAGCUGUCCUUGGAAGCACAGAGAGUGACCAGCUCAGGCCCCCUGCUUGCCAGCAGGGAAGUGGGCUUGCAGCAGGUCUAUCCUGUCCUGUCCUGUCCUGCCCUUUAAUCCAACAUCUCCCAGGAUGGAGCUGCCUGCUUUGAGCACAGUGCUGCCGGUGGUGCAUGGAAGGCUCAGCUUAUCAAGCAGCAGAUUCUCCCCCUCCAGUUUAGGAAGGAGCACCUUCUGCGCAAUCAUUUCUCAGCUGACGGAGGAAACGCAGCCACUCUUUGAAACCACUAUCAAAUCCCAUUCUGUGUCCGAGGACUCUGAUGCUAAAUUCACGUGCAUAGUGACAGGGUACCCGCAGCCCGAGGUGACGUGGUACAAGGAUGAUGAAGAGAUGGAUCGCUACUGUGGGCUGCCCAAGUAUGAGAUAUCCCAGCAUGGGAACCGACACACCCUGCAGCUCUACAAGUGCCAAGAAGAAGAUGCAGGCAUUUACCAGGCCUCAGCUAGAAAUACCAAAGGCAUUGUGUCCUGCUCUGGCGUGCUGGAAGUGGGAACCAUGACGGAAUUCAAAAUCCAUCAGAGGUGGUUUGACAAAAUAAAGAGAAAAGCUGAAGAAAAGCUGCAAGAGAUAGAACAGGGCAAGAAACGAGGGAAAGAAAAUGUGGAGGUGGAGAAGUUGCAGGGAAUGAGCCCCGAUCGGCUCCAGAGAAAGCGGAGGCUGGCCAGGGAUCUGAAUCUCCAGUCGGGAGCCUCUCCGUGGGAGAAGGAGGAUGCAGCAAAAGUUCAUGUUGCUGAUUCUCAGUCCAGAUUACAGGAGGAUAUUGCUGAGCCAAAGGAGCAGCCAGGCAGUGCCGUGAUGGGCUUUCCAAAGAAACUGAUGGAACCUUUGAAAGCGGAGGUGACCACCAAUGGAGAUGCCUCUUUGGAAAAUGUGGAGGAGAAAGGGAACAGCUUUCUCACAUACAUCUAUGAGACAGUGGAGAACCUAGCAGCUAACCCAGUGGCGAAAGACACUGCAGCCAAAAAGAAAAAGAAGGUGGAGGCUCCUCCAGCAGCAAAGCAGGAAGUUUCCAAGAGGGAAGAGAGUGGGCGAGACAGGGCCAACCCCUCUACAAAUCCAAGGUUUGCCCCUUCUGUCCCCUUACGCAGGAAUGCGCGUCUGAGGCUGGCGAAUGAUCAAGAAGUAGAAAACAGUCCAAAAAUCAAUGAGCCUGGGAAAGCUGUGACUCAGGACACUAAAAUCAAUGGUGACAUGCACUUCUCUUUAAAAGAGAUGUAUUUUGAUAAGCAAGUGGAUCUGGCAGCAGGGAAGGAGGAGGUGGGAACUGAGGAAGAGGCUGCAAAUGCAGCUGCCCCGCAGCCUGCGGCAAUCAGCAGACAGACAGAGGAUGCUCCGUCGUCCUCAAAGGUGUUGGAGAAAGGACCUGUGUCAUCUGAGGGACAGAACGCCCAGCACCACGCACAGAAAUCAGAGGGAAACAAAGCCGCCAGUCCAGAGGUUGCAGCAGCAGCAGUGGGACAGUCUGCUAGUGACCUAAAACAUCCAGUGUCUGGUCCAACCAUAGAGACUAGUCAGCAAGCCAGUAAGUUAGAGGAGAUCAGGAAAGAGACACCUGUCUGCCAGGAGAGUGGGGGAAUGGGGAAAAGGAUAAAUCCUCGGCUGAGGCCUCAGGAGCCACCAAAGCCACCAGCACCUUCUCCAGACCAUAUGCAGUCCAGCAAGGAGCACCCUCCUUCUACGAAACCAGCAGGACAUUCCCAUGGUCUCGAGGGCAGAAAGACCCAACAAGGACUAUUAAAUCAAGAUGACAAAAGGCAAGGUGAGAAAGAACCAUUGCUAAAGAAAUCAAGUCCUCCAGAACCUGGAGAAAAUGGUCAUCUCAAGCCAAUCAGGCAUCAGACGGCAGUCAAGGAUGGGAAGAACAAAGAGGCAGGAGCAGAGCUGCCCAGGAACCGUUCCAGUGUGCAGGCAGGAGGGAGUUCAGCAGCUCCAUCUCCUGGGGCUGCACACAGGGAGGCAGGAGGAACAACACCCUUCGGACAUCAGGAGACUGUGGUGCCAGCUCCUGCUUCAGUCCAAAUUGCCAAGGCAGAUCUGGGUCCUGGUCCUGCAGCGGGGUCAGUGAUGGCUCCAGAGGCAGCGCUUGCAGCUCACGGUGCCCCAGUGAUGGAGGCCACAGCAGGAGAGGUCCCGUCUGGAGCCCAGGUGCUGCUUCCUGCGAGCAGAGAAACAGAAAUCAAAUGGGCAGGUGGGUCUGCUCCACAAAAGAAGUUUCCAGACAGCACAUCAGGGGAGAGGAGUGGCAAACCAGUGCCAAUGGGAUCUCAGGGGAAGGAAGGGCGAGAGCAAACAGCCACAGCUCCACGUCAUGAACCAGCAGCACCUUCAGGCACUUUUGAAGGAGGUGCUGAGGUUCAGCCACAAGUACCACUGAUCCUGCCUGGCCCUGAGAUGCCUCAGGAGAUAUCUUUGGAGGAGAAGAUGCAGCACAAAAACCUUGUUUCAUCCUUGAAGAACUAUCUGUUGCUGCUUUUAAAAAUGUCAGAUAGCAGUAAGGAUGCCAUGGAUGAAGAUGCUGACCCCAGGGACAAGGAGCAGCUCGGUGCAGAGGAGGUCAUGCUCCCAGAAAUAGGCAUAGCAGGCCUGAGCCCCCGCACCUCCAGGAGAGUUUUGGAAAAGGUACAAAACAAUCAGCUCUUCCAGACAGCAGAGAACUUGCCUCUCACCCCCAGGACAUCCCGGCGGAUCACGGGCAUGAUUAAUGAGGAAUUUGUUACCAGCAAGGAGAUGCUGGAUUGCAAGCCUGUGCCACCUAAGAGACGGAGCCGGCUGGCUCCUGAGGCAGAGGGGUCAUCCCAGCUCUCCGUGCCCUCCAUCGUGGUGGGCAGUGUGCCAGCAGCAGGAGUGGGGCAACCUCCUCAUGGUAUUUCUCAUUUGCCUCCAGCAGGCCCUGAAAAAGAGAGUCCCAGUGACCCUCUGGCAGUGCUACCAUGUGCCACGCCAGAGGAGCUUGCUUCUGGGGCCCGGCGCAAAAUAUACCUGCCAAAAGCCAAGCAGGCAGGGGAGGAAGAGGAGGCCACCCCGGAGAGCCCAGGGUACACGAGAAGUCCGACUGUCUCCCCACGGCAGUCCAGGAAGAACAUGGCCAUGCUGCAGUCACCCGCUCCAUCCCCUCCGGUGGAGCCACGCUUGCCAGCCCUCACGAAGAAGAUGGCCACUCUGGAGGUUCCUAAGCUCUAUGAGGAGCCCACGGGUGACAGUGGUGGUGACCACAAGGUCCCUGAAGAUGCUAAGCCAGAAGCACAGCCAGCAGAGUCCAAGAAAGCGAGUAAUCCGUUCAAAGCUCCACAGGUGGUUCGGAAGAUCAGAGCAGAACAAUUUUCUGACGCCUCAGAAAACCUGAAACUUUGGUGCCAGUUCUUCAAUAUUUUGAGUGAUUCGAAGUUGACGUGGUACAAGGACGAGAUCCCUGUUGCAGAAGCCCAAAGGAGUGCUGGUGAUGAGGGCCAGGCAGCCUUGGCUGUUGUGCAGGUGUCCCAGAAGGACUGUGGGGUCUACCGGUGUGUGAUCAGCAAUGAGCAUGGCACGGACUCCACGGAUUUUCUGCUCAGCCCAGAAGUGCUGUCAGGAUUUAUCUUGCGGGAAGAGAUGGAAGUUGGAGAGGAGAUCGAGAUGACGCCCAUGGUGUUUGCCAAGGGCUUGGCUGACGCAGGUUACUGGGGGGACAAGCUCUUUGGGCGCGUGGUCAGCGAGGAGGUGGAGGUGGGUGCUGGGUUCCUGCGCAAAGCCUGCCGAGCCAGAGCCAUCUACGGCCUGGAGCCCCUCUUUGAGUCUGGCCGCACCUGCAUCAUCAAAGUGCACAACUUCAUUGCCUUUGGGACCAAGAAUGAGAACAGCCUCAUCGAGAAGAACUACGAUAUCACCAUCCAGGAAUGUAAAAUCCAGAACUCCAGCCGUGAGUACUGCAAGAUCUUUGCUGCUGAGGCACGAGCUGUCCACGAUUUUGGAGCUGUGCCUGAGAUAAUUCCUCUGUACCUGAUUUACCGACCAGCCAACAACAUCCCUUAUGCCACAAUGGAGGAGGACCUAGGUGGGCCCUGCCAGCAAUACUGUGUCACUGAGAGAGAUGGCAGCUUGAUGGCACGGGGCACCUCAGAGAUUGUGCUCAAAUGCUGCACAUUCCAGCAUUGGGUCUACCAGUGGACAAACGGAAACAUCCUUGUGACUGACAUGGAAGGAGUGGGCUGGAAGAUAACCAAUGUGAGGAUUGCCACCAACCUGAAAGGGUACCAGGGACUGAAGGAAAGCUGCUCACCCUCCCUGCUGGAGCAGUUUGCAUCUGCUCACCAGUGCAACCAUUACUGCAGCAUCCUGGGCCUGAAGACGCUGGAGCCAGUCAAGCCUAAGGGUUCCAAGAGCCCUUCCGUGGGUAGGAAAUCUGCACAGUCCAGCCCCCAGCUCCAGAAGAAGGGGCUGGCAAGUCCCCAGGGUACUCGCAAGACUGCUGUGAGCCCCAGGAGCUCCCGGAGAGCUGCAGAAUCAGGAGAGACCCUGGCAGCCUCCAAAGCCAGGCCAGGAGAGCGCGGCAGGGCUGGCCGCCCGCAGUAGCCAGAGCCACCGCGGCUUGGACCCCUCAGCUCUGGACCCCAGCCAGGCCAGCCCAGAGACAGCAGGUGACCAGUCUGGGCAGGGGAGACCCUGGCAGUGGCCACUGCUCCUCCUUUUGGCUCCAGCCUGUCCCACAGCGCUUGCGUUGUGUGGUGUGUGCGAGUGUCAGCAGCUGAGCACCCCCUGGGGGACUGUGGGCGGGGGGGCAGCGCGGGUGUCCCUGCCAGUGCCUCCUGAGGGGAGCUGCUGGUGGUGGUGGAGCCCACGGGGCCACGUGCUGCUCCAUUUCUGGGCUCACUUUCCUCUCUGGACUCUCUCCAUUUGCCUUCCUUGAGGCAGGGGCCACCAGACCUGCUCCCUCUGGCUUUCUGGGUGCCAUUUCCCCCACCCAGCUCCCCUGAGUCUGAGUUGCCCUCCUGGCUCCCAGCACUUCACAUCCCUCUUUGUGGUCUCACUACCAGCACUCCAUGUCAAGGCUCUGAACCCCAAUGGUCUUGUUUGCCCUAGCACACUGUGAUUUAAACAAAUUUUUCUGCAGAGGGGUUUAGCAGUGAGCUUCAGGGCCCCUGCUGCUGCUGCUCUUGUGUGGACCUCUGGGGUGCAGGCCAGGCCCCUGGCACCAGUACCAGCAGCUCCAUGACGGCACCGAUGCCACCCCACCCCGUGGUGUCUGAAACUGGCUUGGUGCAGAAGGAGGGAGGGGACAGGGCUGGGAGUGCUCAGGGGUCCAGGCACGUUGUUGUUGGGUGGCUGUAAAAUAAUGCUGUACAUAAGGUGGCCGCCUCAGCAGGUGGGUGCUCUCGAGUGCAAUAAAGCGAGAAGGACUGGCCUGCU